AUGAAGUUGGACACCAAAGCGAUGCGCCACCUCACGGCUGAGGAUUGGCGCGUCCUCGCAGCCGUAGAGACCGGCACCAAGACCCACGAGCUCGUGCCCACCACCAUCAUCGAGCGGCUCUCGCGCCUGCGCGGCGGCGUCUCGGGCGUCCACCGCUCCAUCAGCGCCCUGGCCAAGACGGGCCUGAUCGGGCGCAUCAAGGAGGCCAAGUACGACGGCUACCGGCUGACGUACGGCGGCAUGGACUACCUGGCCCUGCACACGUACGCGGCGCAGGACGCCGUCUACAGCGUGGGGAACCGCAUCGGCGUCGGCAAGGAGAGCGACAUCAUGGUGGUCGCCGACAACGCCGGCGUCCAGCGCGUGCUCAAGAUCCACCGCCUCGGCCGCAUCAGCUUCCGCACCGUCCGCGCCAACCGCGACUACCUGCGCAAGUCGCGCCAGGGCCAGGGCGGCACCUGGAUGUACCUGUCCCGCCUGGCCGCCAUGAAGGAGUACGCCUUCAUGAAGGCCCUGCGCGACGAGGGCUUCGUCGUCCCCGAGCCCAUCGCCCAGAACCGCCACACCAUCCUCAUGGCCCUCGUCGACGCCUUCCCCCUGCGCCAGAUCUCCGAGGUCGGCGACCCGGCCGCCCUCUACGCCGAGCUGAUCGGCAUCAUCCUCCGCCUGGCGAAGCACGGGCUCAUCCACGGCGACUUCAACGAGUUCAACAUCCUGCUCAAGGAGGAGCGCACCCCGGCCAACGAGGCCGAGGACGGCCCCGACGCCGAGGAGCAGAUCCGCGUGACGCCCGUCCUGAUCGACUUCCCCCAGAUGGUCUCCACCGAACACCCGAACGCCGAGUUCUACUUCGACCGCGACGUGGCCUGCAUCAAGCGCUUCUUUGAGCGGCGCUUCCACUUCGUCAGCACCGCCCCGGGCCCCUUUUUCAAGGACGCCAAGAAGACCGUGGGCGCCAACGGGGCCCGCCGUCUCGACGCCGCCGUCGAGGCCUCGGGCUUCACCAAGAAGAUGUUGAAGGACCUCGAGGCUGCCAUCCGGGAGCAACAGGCACAGCGGCCUGAGGGCGGCGAAGGAGAGUAUUCCGAGCCUGACGAUGAUGACGACGACGAUGAGGAAGAGGACGACGACGACGAUGACCAAGAGCAGGAUGAUGAUGAACAUGGCCAAAAUGGGAAUGGCGCAGAGGACAUCGAGCAAACCGUCGGCGAUCACAGCAGUGCAGAUGACAAGGUCGACGUAGGUAUAGCAAAGCUGUCUGUUAAGGACGAGACCUGA